GACGCGAUCGACUCGGACAACGACGCCUCGUUACUUUCGAAUACACCGCCGUCGGCCAAGAAGCAGAAGAAGGCGCCAGCCGCAAAGAAGUCUUCCGGUCAGCCACUUGCAGAACUUGCAAACGAAAGCUUUAACAUGGACGUGCCAGUGGAGCAAAAGGCGAAGAAGGGGUCGGAGCAGUAUGAGAAGUUGACUCAACUGGAGCAUAUUCUGAAGCGUCCAGAUACCUAUAUUGGGUCUGUGGAGCAGACUACGGAGCAGAUGUGGGUCUAUAACUCCGAGACUGAGUCCAUGGAGAAUCGCAAGGUGACUUUCGUACCCGGCCUUUACAAAAUUUUCGACGAAAUCCUGGUCAACGCUGCCGACAACAAGCAGCGCGACAAGAACAUGAACGAGCUGCGUGUGUGGGUUGAUGCAGAGAAGGGCGUGAUCUCAGUCAAGAACAACGGCAAGGGCAUUCCCAUUGAAAUGCACACCAAGGAGGGCAUCUGGAUCCCGGAGAUGAUCUUCGGUCAUCUUCUGACCUCUUCAAACUACGACGAUAACGAAGCGAAGACCACUGGUGGUCGCAAUGGUUACGGUGCGAAGCUCACCAAUAUCUACUCUACGCAAUUCGAGCUCGAUACAGUGGAUUCCAAGUCGAAGCAGCGCUACCGACAGACGUGGCGCAAGAACAUGAGCGUAAUGGAGAAGGCGAAGAUCGACAAGGUCAAGGUCGACGACUACACACAGGUCACUUUCCGACCUGACUUUAGCAAGUUCGGCAUGGAGAAGAUGGACGCCGAUUUCGAGGCACUCGUCAAGCGUCGAGUCUACGACAUGGCUGGCACCGCCAAGGGAGUAAAGGUCUACCUCAAUGGCGAGCGCAUCAAGAUCUCAAAGUUCAAGCAGUACAUGGAAAUGUACACAAAAGCCAUCAAGACGGAGAACAUCGUCAAUGACGGAACUGCCCCUGAGCAGGUCAUUCUGACUGACAACCCUCAUGAGCGAUGGGAAAUUGGUUUUGCAGUCUCUGACGGCUCAUUCCAGCAAGUCUCUUUCGUCAAUUCGAUCGCGACCACAUCUGGAGGUACACACGUCAACUAUAUUGCAGACCAGAUUUGCGACAAGUUGGAAGAGAUUGUCAACAAGAAGAACAAGGGUGGUGUCAAGCUGAAGAAGGCCCAGCUCAAGAACCACAUCUUCUUGUUCGUGAAUGCGCUGAUUGUGAACCCAGCUUUCACAUCGCAGACCAAGGAGCAGCUCACCACCAAGGUGUCCGCUUUUGGCAGCAGACCACAAGUCAGCGAGAAAUUCCUCAAGGACAUUGCGAAGACCGAAGUCGUGAACAAUAUCUUGCACUUCGCUCAGCAGAAGGCUGACAAGGUGCUGGCGAAGUCUGAUGGGGGCCGCCGACAACGUAUGAACCAUUCGAAGCUCACCGAUGCCAACAAGGCUGGUACCAAGGAUGGGCAUCGCUGCACUUUAGUCUUGACUGAAGGUGACUCAGCCGCGCUCCUCGCUCUGGCUGGUCGUGCUGUGGUCAACCCCGACCUCUUUGGUGUCUUCCCAUUACGUGGUAAGGUGCUCAAUGUCCGCGAUGCAUCCGUUGACCAGAUCUCUAAGAAUCAAGAGAUUCAGAACAUCAAGAAGUUCAUCGGUCUCCAGCAUAAGAAAGAAUACACUGAUACCAGAGGUCUGCGAUAUGGGCACAUCAUGAUCAUGACAGAUCAGGAUCAUGAUGGUUCCCACAUUAAGGGACUUCUCAUCAACUUCUUGCAAGUGCAGUUCCCAUCGUUGCUCAAGAUUCCCGGAUUCUUGCUGGAGUUCAUCACACCCAUUGUCAAGGUCUGGAAGGGCGAUCCCAAGCAUCCAAAGGCCAAGCAUGACUUCUUCACCAUGCCUGAAUACGAAGCAUGGCGAGAACAGCCUGGCCAUUCGAAAGGCUGGGACCACAAAUACUACAAGGGAUUGGGUACCUCUGAUACGAGAGAUGCUCAGAUCUACUUCGCGGAUCUCGACAAGCACUUGAAGACGUUCCAUGCGAUGCAGGAUCACGAGCCAGAACUUCUGGAGAUGGCAUUCUCGAAGAAGAAGGCUGACGCUCGAAAGACCUGGCUUCAAAACUUCGUGCCUGGCACAUACCUGGACAUGUCUGGCACCGAGGAGAUCACAUAUGACGAUUUCAUCAACAAGGAGCUGAUCCUUUUCUCAAUGGCAGACAAUCAGCGUUCGAUCCCAUCAGUAAUUGAUGGUCUCAAGCCUGGGCAGAGAAAGGUCAUGUACACUUGCUUCCGCCGCAACAUGAAGAAAGAUAUGAAGGUUGUCGAGCUCGCUGGUCUCGUGUCUGGUCUGACCGCAUAUCCAUAUGGUGAUGCUUCUCUACAGCAGACCAUUGUGGCUAUGGCCCAGAAUUUCGUCGGCUCCAACAACAUGAACGUGCUUGAGCCAAGUGGUAACUUUGGUUCUCGUCUGCAAGGUGGUAGCGAUGCGGCCAGCGCUCGUUAUAUUUACACGAGACUGUCACCUUUCGCACGCAAGAUCUUCCACCAGUCUGAUGAGGCUCUGCUUACCUACAAUUUGGACGAUGGCAAGACUAUCGAGCCUGAGCAAUAUGUCCCGAUCCUCCCAAUGGUCCUCAUUAAUGGCGCUGAAGGUAUCGGAACCGGAUGGAGCACUUCCAUCCCACAAUAUAAGCCGGACGAUGUUAUCGACAACCUCAUUCGCCGCAUGGAUGUUGGCGAGAAGGAUGCUAUGCAACCAAUGACGCCUUGGUACCGUGGCUGGACUGGACAGACUGACCAGAUCGAUGACACCCGUUUCAAGUUUACCGGCAAGAUCGAGGUCAUUGAUGAAACGACUGUGAGAGUCACUGAGCUGCCAGUGCAUUACUGGACGCAAGCUUUCAAGGACAAGCUUGAGGAUAUUAUCAAGGCUGAGAAGACUCCAUCCUUCAUCAAGGACUACGUCGAGUACAACACUCCAGAAACGGUGCACUUCGAGAUCAAGCUGGAGGCUAAGACUCUUCAGCAGAAUGAAGGAAAGCUUGAAGAGCUUUUCAAGCUCUCAAACACUCAGGUUACGACCAAUCUUGUAGCUUUCGACCCGCAAGGUCGCAUCUACAAGUACGCCAGCCCGUUGGACAUCAUCGAGGAAUUCUACCACGUUCGCUUGCAGAAGUAUCAACAGCGAAAGGAUUGGCUCCUUUCCGAGAUGCACAAGGAGCUCGACAAGCUCAACAACCAAGCUCGCUUCGUGAACAUGAUCAUCAAGAACGAGCUCGUUGUCAGCAAGAAGAAGAAGGCUGUUCUUGUGAAGGAACUUGACAAACUCGGCUUCACCCGCUUUCCAAAGGUCAUCGAAGCCAAGAAGCAGGGCGAAUUGGAAGAGGUUGUCGAGGAUGAUAACGAAGAAUCUGAUGAUGCAGAGGUGGCUGCAGGCGCCAAUGACUUCGACUACCUUCUCGGCAUGCCCAUUUGGUCACUGACUGAGGAGCGUGUCGCCAAGCUCAACAAGCAAAUUGGAGACAAGGAGGUCGAGAUUGAUAUCUUGACAGCCAAAUCUCCUCAGGAUCUCUGGAAGGAAGACCUGACUGAGCUACGCACAGAAUACCAGGCUUACCUUGACGAGGAGAAGGCUCGCGACAAGAAGAUCAAUGCCAAUGGCCGUCGUGCUUCGGGAAAGCUUGGCAUAGGAGGCCAAGCUUCGAAGAAGCGCAAUGCUAAUGACAGCGACGCCUCAGAGUCCGACUUUGCGCCAAGAAGCCAAAGACGACCAAAUCUAAGGCUGUUAAUGGACUGCUCGGCAUGGGCGCCAAGGCUCAGUCGAAGCCAGCAGGUAUCUACCCAGUUGUUAAUGGCAUUGAGCAGAAACCUGUUGCACCGCCACCAGCCGAGAAGCAGAUCACUUUGGAGAAUGCGUUCCAGUCGAAGGGACCUGUCGCCAAGUCUUCCAGGCCUACAUCGAAGGCUUCCACAGAUACGGAAGCGCUAGGGAAGAAGGCACGAGGUCGGCCGAAGAAGGUGGCCAAUGAGUCUGAUGAUGAGGCAGCUGUGAAGCCAGCCAAGAAGGCAGCACGUGCAAAGAAGACGGUCGAUUCGGAUGAGGAGAUGGCUGAUGACUCGGACGUCUUCGCUGCUAUCGCUGAGGAAGCAGCUUCUCGACCAGCACCUGCACCCGCUCGUGGCGGACGUGCAGCCGCUCAGAAGGCCAAGUACAAGAUCGAAUCUGACUCUGAAGACGAAGAAUCCGACGGAGGAAAUGACAUGCUUGCCGAUGUUUCCGCCAUGGUCAAGGGCAUCGGCAGUGGUGCUCAAGAUGGUGCAACACGCCUUUUCCAUCCGGCUUCUGCUUCACGGCCUACGAGCAGUCAUGGCUUGAAGGCCAAGCCAAGCAAGAAGAACCUGGCGGACACGGAGAUCUCCGAAGAUGAGACUAAUUGGGAGGGCUUGGCCCAGAAUUCGCCUCAAAAAGCUGCCAAUCGUACCAUGUUGGAGUCUGAAAGUGAGGACUCCAUGGAUGUCGACGAGCCACCCAAGCCUGCUCCAAAGCCCGCAGCAGCGAAGGCAGUGCCGAAGCCGAAAGCUGUUCCGAAGCAGAAGAC